GUAGGUCCGGCAAUGGUGUGGUCUGCUAAUCGAAACAAUCCGGUUAGUGCCAACGCCACCUUGGAACUCACGGCAGAAGGAGAUUUGGUAUUGACUGAUGUUGAUGGAUCUGUGGCUUGGUCUACCCACACUAUUGGUAUGUCUGUUUCGGGCAUGAACUUGACAGAGACCGGCAAUCUUGUGCUGUUUGAUAAGAACAAUGCCACAGUGUGGCAAUCUUUCGAUCACCCUACAGACUCACUUGUCCUUGGGCAGAAAUUGAAGGUCGGGCAGAAAUUGACCCCGGGUACUUCCUCAACAAAUUGGACCGAGCAAGGUUUACUUUCAAUUUCGCUGACUACUAUUGGUUUAUUUGCCCAAACAGAGACUGAUCCUCCGCAGGUGUAUUACUCUGUUCCGAUAGAUUUCCCAAACACAAGCGAUGACUCAAAUGGUAUUGAAUUUAUCAAAGGAUGUUUGGCAUUGUUCAUGAAUUCCCCGACAAAUGGGUCUUUGCUUUUUGGUCUUGAUACAUCUGCGCAGUACGUGAAGUUUGAAUCUGAUGGACAUUUGAGAUCAUAUCGAUGGGAUGUAUAUCAGUGGAGUAGAAGAGAUGAUAUUCUUUUGCCAGAUGAUACGGGUUGUGGCUAUCCAACGGUUUGUGGUAAAUAUGGAAUUUGUAAAUCUGACGGGCAGUGUAGUUGUCCAACAUGGAGCGAGGGGAUGAGCUAUUUCAAGCCAAUGAAUGAUAGUGAUCCUAAACUUGGGUGUGCGGAAAUUGUUCCUUUGUCUUGUGAAGCUUCGCAGUUUCAAACCUUGUUGGAGCUCAAUGGCAUUUCUUACUUCACCUCCACGCAAAUCGCCCCUGAUAUAAGGAAUACAGAUAAGGAUAAUUGCAAAGAGGCCUGUGCCAACAGCUGCUCGUGUUCAGCAGCUUUUUUCUACGAUGAUUCAGGUUCUUGCUACUUAGUAUCUCAAGUAUUUUCACUUGCAUACUUAACUCCUAGUCAUUCCAUUGCUUUCAUUAAAGUACAGAAUGUUAGGAAAAGGUCGAACACUCUUAAGGUAAUACUCACUUAUAGCGUGGGGUCACUCUUUGCCUUAAUUAUUUUUUAUGUGGUCAUAAAAUUUCUAGUUCUUGGGAGGCAAGAAGUCGAUGAAGUUGGAGAGGACUACCUUGAACAACUACCUGGACUACCUACAAGGUUCACUUAUGAUGAUUUAAUAGCCGUCACUGAGGGUUUCAAUAAGAAGCUCGGUGAAGGAGGUUUUGGAUCUGUUUUUGAAGGUACUCUGAUUGACGGCACAAAAGUUGCUGUAAAACGGCUUGAUGGGUUACGCCAAAUCAAAAAAUCUUUUCUAGCCGAGGUUGAGACUAUUGGCAACAUUCAUCACGUCAACUUGGUAAGACUCAUUGGAAUUUGCGCUGAGAAGUUUCACAGGCUGCUAGUCUAUGAGUACAUGUCCAAGGGUUCUUUGGAUGAGUGGAUCUUUCAUAAAUCGAAAGGGUCGUUUGUGCUUGACUGGAAAAAGAGGAGGAAGAUAAUUUAUGACAUAGCUAAGGGCUUAAAUUAUCUGCACGAAGAAUGUAGAUGGAAGAUAGUUCACAUGGACAUUAAACCACAAAAUAUUCUCUUGGAUGAAAAUUUUAAUGCUAAGGUUGCUGAUUUUGGCUUGUCUAAGUUGCUUGAUAAGGACCAAAGCCGAGCUGUGACUACAAUGAGGGGAACUCCAGGGUAUUUAGCCCCGGAAUGGUUGAGCGCAACAAUUACUGAGAAAGUAGAUGUCUAUAGCUUUGGGGUGGUAGUUCUGGAGAUAGUUUGUGGAAGGAAAGUAUUUGAUAGAUCUCAGAAUGAGGAAGACAUGUAUCUACCUGGAGUUUUUAAGAGAAAGGCCGAAGAAGGGCGACUGCUGGAUAUGAUUGACAACACUUUAGAGGAUAUGCAACUGAAUCGACCCCACGUGGUCAAUAUGAUGAGUAUUGCUGCGUGGUGCUUACAAGGCGAUUUUUCGAAGAGGCCUUCCAUGUCAAUGGUCAUCAAGGUGUUGGAUGGAGUUAUGGAAAUUCCAGAUACCCUAGAUUAUGACUUCUCUCAUCGCACCUUGAUGAAUAUUAAUGUGAUAGUUGGCCAGGAGAACAUUGAUAUUGGUGCUCCGGUUUCUGUGCUACCCUCAAUCCUAUCCGGUCCACGGUGA